AUGAGACAUUCUCUUCUUUCCACAUUUUUCCUUCUGCUUCUGCAUCUGCCAUUCUCUUUGUUGCAAGGAAAAAAGCUUUCCUGCUUCCAACAAGUCAUCCACGAUGUCUUCAGAGAUGGGGACCUGAUCAUUGGGGGCUUUUUCCCCCUGUAUUCAGUUGAGGCAAACAUUUUCACAGGCUUAGAACAUCCUCAAAAGGCUUGUAAUAGUUUUCAAUGGAUGCACAAAAAUUACCAACAGGUGUUGGCCCUGGUGUUUGCUGUGGAAAAUAUCAACCAAGAUCUCAACCUGUUACCCAACAUUACCUUGGGGUACCAGCUCUUUACCACCUACCACAGUGAUAAGAAGACCUUGGAGAGCUCCCUGAAGUGGCUAACAGGCCAACAGCAAGCCAUACCUAAUUAUAGCUGUUGGGCUCAAGAUAAGUCUGUGGCUGUCAUUGGAGGGGCAACAUCUCCAUUAGCUGUCCAGAUGGGAUCUCUACUAGAGCUCUACAAGUAUCCACAGAUGACCUAUGGCCCAUUUGAUCCCAUCCUGAGUGACAAGAUCCAGUUUCCUUCUCUCUAUCAGAUGGCUCCCAGGGACUCCUUUCUACACGUGGGUAUUGUCCACCUACUGUUACAUUUUAGAUGGACUUGGGUGGGGCUGAUUUCCACAGAUGACAUGAGAGGAGAAAAAUUCCUUUGGGACAUUACAAAAAAGAUGUCCAGGAACGAUGUCUGUGUGGCUUUCAUAGAAAAGAUCCCUGUCAGUGAGAGACGUCACGCUGAAUCCCUUGUGCCUUUCAUGCCCAGGAUUAUGGCAUCAUCGGCCAAAGUAAUCAUCGUUCACGGGGAUGCAGAUUCACUUAUGAGCCUGAGACAUUCGCAACCACUUUUUUUAAUACCUUUGAAAUUGUGGAUCAUCACAUCUGAUUGGGAUGUUACUCUGAGACCCCAUCCUUAUGGUAGUCACGCUUUUCAUGGUGCUCUUCUAUUUAAACACCAGACUAGUGAAGUUUCUGGGUUUUCUCAUUUUCUCAAGAGUGUUAACUCUGCUAAAUACCCAGCAGAUAUUUUCCUGAAGAGCUUUUGGCAUUCAGCUUUCAAGUGCUCUGAUGAAAACCUGGAGGAAGGAGAAUGUUCCCCAAAUGCUUCAUUGGAAGAUCUGCCUUUAGAAUAUUUUGACAUGGCCAUGUCUGGCUUGAGUUACUCUAUCUACAAUUCUGUGUACGCUGUGGCAUGGGCCCUCCAGCAAAUGCUCCUGAUCAAAACAGAAAUGGGAUUUGGAGGAGACGGAGAGAGUAUCACACUUCUACCCUGGCAGGUCCACUCCUCUCUUAGGAACCUGCAAUUUAACAACAGUGCUGGAGAAGAGAUAGUUUUGAAUGAGCAAAGAAACAUAGAGGCUAAGUAUGAUAUCAUGAAUUACUUGGUUUUCUACAAAAAACCUGAACUUUUGGUAAAAGUUGGGCAGUUUAUUCCCAAGACUCUGCUGGAACAUGAUUUCACCAUAUCCAGGAAUUCAAUAGUAUGGGGUGAUUCACAGAUUCCUCCAAAGUCUGUGUGUACUGAGAGCUGUAGUUGUGGCUUUAAGAAGAUUGCUCAGGAAGGGGUGCCUAUCUGCUGCUUUAACUGUGUCCGGUGUCCAGAAGGGGAAAUUUCCGAUCAGAGAGAUAUGGACCACUGCACAAAAUGCCCAGAAGAUGAGUAUCCAAAUAAAAACAGAGAUCAUUGUUUCCCAAAGACUGUAACCUUUCUCUCUUUUAAAGAGCCCUUGGGAUUGACUUUGACUUGUAUAGCCCUUUCCUUUUCUUUCCUCACAGUUAUAAUUCUUGUGAUAUUUGUGAAAUGUCAAGACACUCCAAUAGUCAAAGCCAAUAAUAGGAUUCUCAGUUACAUACUCCUCAUAUCCCUCACUUUGUGUUUUCUCUGCUCCAUCCUCUUCAUUGGCCCUCCCACAUCAGCAAAAUGUCUCCUACAACAAACUGUAUUUGGAAUUGUGUUCACUGUAGCUAUCUCUUCUAUUUUGGCCAAAACCAUCACCGUGGUUCUGGCCUUCAAAGCCACAAAACCAGGAAGCAAGAUGAAAAGGUGGAUGCUACCUAGAGUUUCUAGUUUUGUUGUCUUCAUCUGCUCCAUGAUCCAACUGGCUCUCUGUUGCAUCUGGCUGGGAACAUCUCCACCUUUUCCAGGACUAGAUACCCACUCUGAACCCGAUCAGAUAAUCAUUAUUUGUGAGAUGGGCUCUGCCAUCACCUUCUAUAGUGUCUUGGGCUAUAUGGGCUUCCUAGCACUGGGGAGUUUUACAGUGGCUUUUCUGGCCAGGAAUCUUCCUGACACUUUCAAUGAAGCCAGGUUUAUCACAUUCAGUAUGCUGAUCUUUUGUAGCGUAUGGAUGUCUUUCAUUCCUGCCUAUCAGAAUCCCAAAGGACAGGCUAUGGUGACUGUAGAGAUCUUCUGUAUUUUGGCAUCCAGUGCUGGGUUAUUAGGUUGCAUCUUUAUUCCCAAGUGUUAUGUCAUCCUUCUGAGGCCAGAGAGGAAUACCCUGGAAUGGUUAAGGCAGAAAGCAGAUUCUGGAAGGUGUUAG